CCUCUUUCCCACCUUCCCAACCGCAAUCUCUGUCAUCUAUCUUUAGCACUGUACCACACGAACAGCGGCUUAACAUCGCCUGUUUCAGACAGGCAAACACUUAUCUUGGGUUGACUCUCUCUCUCUCUCAUCUUUAUUCGGGCCGGUUUGUCUCACUCAAUUCGUCCUAAACAAAUGGGGGAAUGACACCCCGAAGCUUUUAUCUGUUGGUCUGGACUUGAGAAGCACAGUGAAGUAUGUUGUUUUCUUCGAGCCGGAUCGCAAGGCGAGCCCGGGUCUCUCUCCUCCUGCCCGGGGUCUUGAUCUGCGUAAUCCUCGCUGCGUCCAGUGCGAGUAUGCCAGCAAACAAGUGCCCCGACCACAUAGACUGUGCUCGAAUGGGGCGGCACUUCUGCAAGCCUGGCUCCUCCCACUGUGGCCCUUGCCUCUCCCCAUUGGAGGAAGAUGAAGUGGGACAUUGUGUUGCCCACAGGAGACACCAUCCCCAACACCACCUCCACGGUAAAGAGAUUUCUCUUCCUGAUGUUGAUGAAGAAAUCGACUAUCUGUCCUCUGUCAUUUCCAAGCAGCAAAUGUCAGAAGUCAAGCAACCAGGUUCUCCCUCACAAUCUUCUACACAAACACGGUCAGACUCCAGACAGAAGAGUCUGUCCCACACCACGGCUUUAGAACCAACAACCAGUGGCCCUUCAACGCCAACACAUCCGACCCCUAAACCUCCCCAACCACACACAGACUCCUCCAACCGUCAUGGGCCGAACGUCAACCCCCACCCCUCCAGAGACACCUUGCUAAUCUUGAUGAUAUCUUUAUGCGUUAUUAUGGGAACCAUAGCUAUCAUCCUCGCUGCUGUCUGCUGGGUCAGGUUACAGAGAGAAAACAUUUUGGCACAGAAGGUCGAUUACCCUGCGUUUAAUGCAGCGGGUCCCAAUAAUAGCCAUACCUCUUCUGGGGAUAAAACACUAGCUCACAGUGCUCAGAUGUAUCACUAUCAGCAUCAGAAACAACAGAUGCUCUCAAUGGAGAAGCACGAAGCCAAACCUAAAGUCUCAGAGUCUGGGGCCACAUCAGACGAAGAGACUGAAGAGGGUGAUUUCACAGUGUAUGAGUGCCCUGGCUUGGCACCGACUGGAGAGAUGGAGGUGAAAAACCCUCUAUUUGAUGACUCCACCUUGCACUCCCAGAGGAAUCACAAGUGACCUGGACACGGACACACACACCUGGAUACUUUUAGAAUAGGCUUAACACACCAAAAGCAUUCUUCUGUAGGGUGAAGCUCCAUCUGUUGAACCACACAUAUACUAUAUAUAACACAUGCAAAAAAACAUGUAUGACUCUUUUCUUUCUCGAACAUCUCAGUUGACACCCUUCAUUCAGCCAGCCCCUCAGAACAAACUGAAAACAUAUAAUACAUUUACACUCUAAAGAUACUGAAGAAUAGAUUAUACACCAAUCAGCCCAAUAUUAAAACCACCUGCCUAAUAUUGUGUAGGUCCCCCUUGUGCCGCCAAAACAGCGCCAACCCGCAU